CUCAGUCAUGGUGAUAAAAGGGGUUUUGAAAAUUAGCAUGAGGAAGGGGAACCGAGUGCAAAGUCUUCUCAAGUGAGGCCACUGUUUCCCAAAAAUAGCUCACGGUAGAGCUGAGUGCUACAACCGAGUGAAAGCUCUGGUAUUUUCUACCAGAAUUCCUGUUAAACUACACGAGCAGACUUACUAAACGGCGCUUGAUAAGUCUGUUGUAAAAGCCUGGAUGCUAGCUGUAUAAUUUAGAUACAGUAUGUCCCACACAAGCUGUAGCGUAUCAGAAAAGCAUCCGCGUUCAUAUUUAUAUUUAAAUAGUUUUAUAACAGAUAUGAGUGAUAGUAAACAUAAUAUCCCAUAUGAGCUCCAGUCUUUCCCAGGAUCUUCCUGCGUCAGAAAUCCUGCGCAUGCGAGGAAGAACUAGGAUGCUCUGCUUAGCAUGCUAGUCAGGAACAUAACUAAGUACGAAUCUUUUCUGUCAGCAAAUAAAGAGUUUGGGUAAGCUGUUAAGAUGUUUUGCUGUUAAAUCUAGCGCCACACAUGAGUAUAAAAUAAUUAUAUUAUAACCAUUCCAACUGGUUAGCCAUCUUUAGUUAGCAGCUUGACGUGCUGGCUAGUUAGUUAGCCAAGUUAAGCGCAGAUAUCUAGUUCUAACUCGCCUCAGCAGUCAGGCAGUGCAUUUUCCAAUAUAUUCUGAAGACUCUAGCCUGCACAGAGUUGAUUUUGCACAGAACUGUGCCAUCAUGUUGGUCCCCAUCUUCACCCUAAAGCUGAACCAUAAGAUUAACCCACGGAUGGUUACUGUGGGAAAAUUUGAUGGCGUUCAUCCAUGUUUGACUGCAGCAACGCAAGCAGGCAAGGUAUUCAUCCACAACCCUCACACUCGAGGGAAAAGGCUAACAGCUCAUCGGCUGAGUCAGAGCACCCAAGACUCCGACAUCACCUUGCUUAAUAUUAACCAGGCAGUAAGCUGUCUUGCAGCUGGUACUUUGGGUCCCACCACGACAGGUGACACACUCCUGGUGGGCUCCCAAACCAACCUGCUAGCUUAUGAUGUACAUGACAAUGCUGACAUAUUCUACAGGGAGGUGACAGAUGGGGCCAAUGCCAUUGUUUUGGGGAAGCUAGGGAGCAUCCAGUCUCCCCUCGCCAUCAUUGGAGGAAACUGCGCUCUUCAGGGCUUUGACUAUGAGGGAAAUGAUCAGUUCUGGACAGUGACCGGUGAUAAUGUGAGAUCAAUGGCGCUGUGUGAUUUCACUGGUGAUGGGAAGAAUGAGCUUCUUGUGGGAUCAGAAGAUUUUGACAUCAGGGUAUUUAAAGAAGAUGAGCUGGUCUCUGAGAUGGCAGAGAAUGAGACUGUAACAUCACUGUGUCACAUGCACGGCAGCAGGUUUGGCUAUGCUUUGGCCAAUGGAACAGUGGGAGUGUAUGACCGCACCGCCCGCUACUGGAGAAUCAAAUCAAAAAAUCAUGCAAUGAGCAUCCAUGCUUUUGACCUCAAUGGUGAUGGAGUUGUAGAACUCAUAACUGGCUGGUCUAAUGGGAAGAUUGACGCUCGUAGUGACCGAACUGGUGAAGUGAUCUUCAAGGACAACUUUUCUUCAUCGGUGGCUGGUGUGGUAGAAGGAGACUAUCGCAUGGAUGGACAGAUCCAGCUUAUUUGCACCUCUGUAGAGGGAGAAGUGCGUGGCUACCUUCCGGCCAGUAAGGAGAUGAAGGGGAAUCUUAUGGAUACAAGCGUGGAACAAGACCUGGUUAGAGAGUUGAGUCAGCGCAAACAGAACCUGUUACUGGAGCUACGGAACUAUGAAGAAAAUAACAAGGCUGUUCCAGGUGCCUCAGAAGGGGAAACUCAGAUGGGUGUCAUUCCUGCCAACACUCAGCUCCAGACGGCCUUGAGUGUACGAGCAGCGACUGAGAGCCAAAGAGCCCACAUAGAGCUCAGCAUAUCUACACCCAAUGAGACCAUCAUUCGUGCUGUGCUGAUUUUUGCUGAGGGCAUUUUUGAGGGGGAGAGUCAUGUGGUGCACCCUAGUGCUCAGACCCUGUCUGGCUGCAUCUGUGUUCCCAUAAUUCCUCCUAAAGACAUUCCAGUAGAUCUGCACAUUAAGGCCUUUGUGGGUGGAAAGACAAGUACACAGUUUCACGUGUUUGAGAUAACUCGUCAGCUGCCCCGCUUCUCCAUGUACGACCUUCAUGUUGAUCCCUCAACCCCCCAGCCAAAGGGAAGAGUUACAUUCAGUAUCAACGACAGGCCACAAAGGGUUGUCAUGUGGCUGAACCAGAACUUUCUACUACCUGAAGGCAUUAACAACCCGAACGUGACAUUUACAGCACUGCGUGGAGAAGGACUGCUGUCUAUUAGCAUGCGCUCCAGUGGCGAGAUAACACUAAAUACAGAUGACAUUGACCUGGCAGGAGAUCUGGUCCAAUCACUGGCUACUUUUCUGGCCAUUGAAGAUUUGCAGGCAGAGGCUGAUUUUCCUGCCUACUUUGAGGAGCUUCGAGUCACUCUUACAGAGGUGGAUGAGUUCCACUCUGUGCAUCAGAAGUUGACAGCAGCCAUGGCUGAUCACUCCAGCCACAUCAGGAACAUGCUGGUGCAGGCGGAAGAUGCCAGGCUCAUGGGAGACUUCAAGACCAUGAAGAAGCGUUACAUUGAGCUAUACGACCUCAACCGAGAUCUGAUCAAUGAAUAUAAAAUCCGCUCCAACAAUCACAAUGCUCUGUUGACCCGCCUUAAGGCUGUGAACCAAGCCAUUCAGAGAGCUGGCAGGCUGAGAGUGGGAAAACCAAAGAACCAGGUCAUCACUGCCUGCAGGGAAGCCAUCAAAAACAACAACAUAAACGCCCUUUUUAAGAUCAUGCGAGCAGGGACUGCUUCCUCCUGAGGAAGCCCUUUGGUGGUCGUCACCCAUAUUAUCUACAGGUUGGAGCUCUGGCUACAAGCUCAGCCCUCGACGGGGACAGAAACACCAUGCUGCAUAGAGAGAGUCUUGAAACCUCAGCUCUUACUGAUAAGGUCGUGGAAAAUCAUGCAGGAGAGAAUAUCUAUUCCAGGCCUGCUUCCUCAUUGUGGCAGCAGUUGUAUGUAGAGGAGUAGUUGGGUCUUGUGACAGUGGCAGCUGAAAAGAACUUUUAUGUUCAACAAAAAGUGGAAUGUAUGAAGAAAACUUUUUAUAGGUGUAUAUAGGCACUUCUUAUUGUGUAUAAGUAAAAAUGAAUUUGAUUAAAUUAUUGAAAAAAUCUCUUGGUACACCUCUGUCUAGGUGUUAUAACUGCUGUGACGCUGUAGAUCACUGAACGCAUUUUGGUGUUUGAUAUGUUCAACAUGCAGUUGAGCGAAGACGUUUGCAUCUGCUUAGGACCAAUCUAGUGCAUAAUAACAAACAGCAACAUGAAAUAUGAAAGUAUACCUGAAAUCACUAUAACUGAAAAACUAAACCGGAAAUGACAUUGCAUGUCAUAUUUUAACAGUUUAUCUAUACAGUUUAAAAUUUUUUUAUAUAUUUUAAUAGCACUACUUACUAAACAUUUCUUACUAAUUACUUAAGGAUUAAGGAUUACUUAAAUAAUGCAUAAGAAUACAGUGGGUGGGUUUUUUCUUUUUAAAAAACACUGGAAGGAAUCACUGGCUGCAAUGUAUUGUAGACCAAUUAAGUUAAAAAGAAAUCAGUCAGUACCGAUGAAAAAAACGAGUACACUGGUUUACUUUUUACCAGAUUUCAUUCACAUUAUCACCAACUACGCCUAUUGAUGCGCCCGAAAUAUUUCUGGUUGAUAGCCAUUUUUAUUUGCAAACUGAUAUGGCCCCAGUGAGAUAGUGGUAACCUGGUGGUACUGAACUAUAUUUUUUCUCCGUAAGAUAGCAGUGUUUUUUCCUGUAGUCUAUAAAACAAGAGUUACAGACAUUCUGUUGCUGCACAGUUUGGCUGCAAAACAUCACUUUUCCUUCCGAUGGCGUAUUCAGUGAUGAUUGGUUCUGAGGCACUUAUUUUACCAGAUGUAUUAAAAUACAUUUUUAUAGCAAGUGUAAAUAAAAUGUAAAACAAAGAGUACGGCAGAUAAGAGUUAAAAAGUUCAAUAGAGAGAAUUCGUAUAAUCUGAAAUUUUUCUGCUAAAAAACUUUUGGUCCAUCAAGAGAAAAAAAGACAAUGAGUAAAAAGUCAAAGGUGAUCCAAUUUGACCUUUCAGCCAAGGUGAUUUAAAAAUAUAUAUAUAUAUAAAUAAAUUUAAAAAAUCUUACAAUAAUAAUAAACUAAUAGUGAAAGAUUAAAGAUUUGAUAAUACAGUAUCACUUGCUUCUCAGUCAGACAGCAUGUGAGUAAAACUGAUGAUUGUGUGGGAGGAUAAGGAGUCUUUAGGGAGGAAAUGUGGCAAUGAGACAUCCUCCCUGUAGGUAUACAAUGAUGUAAGAUGUGGUAAAAAAUCAUUUUUAUGUGGUUUUAAUCCUCAGUGCCCAAUGGCCCAUGUUUCAGUUUUGGUGAUGUCUAUGAACAAAAUGUUCAAUGGCAGUGGGUAUGUACCAGUGUGUCACAAAGUGUUGAUCACAUGAUGAGUAAGACUCCCAAGGCCAAAGUGGGGGCAACCUAAGGCAGGAGGGCACCACCACUGGUCACCCCUCCGACAUGGGGGUGUGAUUUUAUUAAAUGGAGUGAAGAUGACCUUUUUUAUGCAAAAAAGCAUCAAAGAGGGGACCUGUAAAAAUUAGUCUUAUCCUUCUGUAAAUGUUCAUGAUCAUGAUCUCGCCUUAGUAAACUCAAAUCCAUGUCUAGCAGAUGCCCUUUGUGAUACAGCCAGAGAAAAAGCACAGCUUCUUGUUUUUGCUUUUAAUUUUGAUGUCGUCCAGCUCAGUUUGCACACAAACAUUUUCUGUCAUUUAACUGGGCUUGUUUGGGUGCAUGCGCUGUAAUUAAAACAAACUGGCUGUGUCUCAUGCUCAGUAGUUCAUACUGUGAAGGACCCAUGGAAGUGUCAGAAUUUUAAUGUCAAAUUCUAUAUGUCUACUUUCUUCUUAAAAUGUGUCAAAGGAUGUCAUAUACCUAUUGCAUUUAUUGAAGUAGCAUUUCUUGAAGUACUUCAUGAGGGAUUUUGAGGUCAGUUUUUGGAUCAUAGUCCUGUCAUAGAAGCCAGCCUCUUUUCAGCUUCAGUUUUUGACUGACUGUGUUGUAUUUGCUUCCAGAAUUUGCUGAUAUUUACUGGAACAUAUUCUUCCACCUACCUGUGCAAUUUUUCCUGUGUCCCUGGCUACUGCACAACCCAUACGCAUAGUAGAUCCACCUCUAAUUUAUUAGUUGGCAAGGUGUUCUUAUCAUCAACUGCUGCUCCUUUUAUCUCCAAACAAACCUUUGGUGAUUGCAGCUAAAGAGUUUCUUUUUUUACUUCAUCAGGCCACGUCACUUCUAAAAUGCCCCUGGCUUAUCUAGAUAUUGUUUUGCAUACAUCAGAUGUUCACUUUUGUGGUGGGCUCACAGAUAAGGUUUCCUUCUGAUGACUCUCCCAUGCAGAUCAUGUUUGUGUAAGUAACAUUGCAGAAUAGAACUUAGAGUUUAGCCAAAACUGUGUUGGCUAAAUUUUCCUGCAGGUCUUUACUGUCUUAUGGGGGAUUUGCUUUGCCUUUCUGCACUGUAACUUUCAGUCUAUCUCAUUGGAGUUGCAACUUACAAGAAAGCUGAAGUGCCCCCCUACAUGAGACAUUAAACACUUGGGGGAAUUUUCCAGCUCUUGCUUGCUGCUGAAUGUAGAAUAUAUGUUAGUAUGCUAGUGUAUUGUCUUGCGAAAAUAGUGUGAUUAAGAGAAGCAUUAAAAAAAAAAAAAAAAAAAGCUCUCUUAGUCUCCACAGUUUCAGUGGAGGGAGUGUGGGUUUCAUUAAGUUUAAAUGUUUAUUAUACCUCAAGUAAUAUAAGUGAUAUUUUACAACGAGUAGCCUAUUUCAUUCUGCAGUCUGUUGAAUGUAUUGUUCGAUACGCUGAUGUGUUGAAUCGACUGUCUGAUAUCAAACGAAACGAUAUGUUGUUUUCAGAAAAUCGAACUUGUUUAAAUUUGCUUACAAGUUCUUUUUUUAUUUACAAAUAAGGAAAAGAAUCAGAAGUUGCUUAUAAAUUUUGUAUGUGCAAUUUCUGAUAAUAAAAAUGACAAUGGGUUGUU